UCCAUAUGUGUGGACUGAGCUUCUUGUCCCUUGCCUUCUGAUUUAAAAAAAAAAAAAAAAAAAAAGUACAUGACACAUCAUGUGAAUUUAAACCACUAUCUGCUGUAAAUGUUUAGUAAACAUACUAGUCCAAUAUAACCAAUAUCUGUCCUUUUAAUAACGUUACCUGCUGUGUGGUGGUGAUCUUGCUCUGCCAUGUCUUUGGAUAGGGGCACUUCACUCAAGAGACGGUUCAAGGCUGCAUGAGGAAAAUCGGGAUAAAGCACUUGCUUUUUUUAUGCGUUAUCAGUUUUAGACAGAUUGUCGUCACAGGUUCAAAGUCUGGAGUAAACGAUGGUUAUAAACAAAAAGCACGCAAAGGCUUCCUGACCUCAACGCUGGAAAUAUUGAAUUGUCUGUUUCAAGAGCCCUGAGGUUAGCUUGGUAAUAUCUGGAGGUUAAUUUACUGAAUUUGCAGACAUUGUAAGGAAACAAAAAAAAUUGUAGUUAGCUAGUUAUUAGUGCUGCUAGCAAAACUCGCUCAGAGAGACCGAAGCUAAUAUAAUUAAUCUACCGUAAAGUGUUGAUUAGCUACCGACUAGCUACCGAUUUAAGUGUCACACAAGAGAUGCUGGUUACACCAGUUAGCCGGGCUUAUUUCUGAAAUAAUUAACUUAAAUAACAUACAUACAUGUUGAAUAGUAAUUUCUAAUUCUUACCACACGUAACCCUCGAUCACAUCGUCGAGGAAUAUGACAGGUGUACCGCUUCCUUAUCUUUUUAAAGCUCCCGUUACGUGUGUCGCACUGACAGGUCACAAACAUCCAGUCGGAACGUUCAGCAGUGCCCGUGUUUCCCAUCGGGAUAUCUAAAAUGUGACAUUUACCGGACAUCAACUGCGUUCUGCCACAAAAUGGUUCCCCUAGACAACUACAAGGAAGUCAGGGAAGCUUGUCUAUGAGUGAACACGAUGUGUUUAUCGUGUUAAUUCAUAUAUGUUUCUAUAAUCGUUAUCUUAAUGGAUUCCAGGGUGUCUGAAGAUAAAGAGUCUCACCAGUUGAGACGAUCAACAAGGAAGUCAUCGGUAUUGACUGUUGAACCGACCCCCAGGGGCCCUCUCAAGAGGACCAGAAAAGAGUUAAAAAAACAAGCUCCUGUUCGAGCUGUCAAUGGCUCCGGAGAUAUGGAGAAUGGCUCCGAUGAUGAAGAGUCCCCUGGCAAGAAGGGCCGGGCAGAGACUGGUAGACCAGUGGAUGGCGGUGGAGAUGAGAAUGAGAUGGAUGUCCGGGAAGAAAAUCUGGAGAGAAAUGAAGACCAGGAAAUGGAUGUUCUACAGGAUUCCUCUUAUGGCACUCAUCGACCAACAACAUGCCACAGCAAUCUUGGAGGUAUGAAUUUAUCCCCACGUGUUGUGCUCGGUGAACGCCACAGAUCCAGUGUUGCUGUAAAUUUAGAAUCAGACUCGAUGAAAACCAUGAGAGUAAAACCAUCAACAAAGGAAUCUGUAGCCUCCACCAAGUCUGCCGCACAAAUCAGACCACCAGCAAACAGAAACAAUGUGUCGGUCACCAGCAUGGCCGACUACAAGAAGACGAUGGAGGCCAAGGCCCAGAGCACUGGUAUACCAACAGUUAACCAUCGAGUCCCAAGUGUGUACCCAACCUCAGAGAAACCCUACACAACGCGUCAACGUGUGAAUAACGUUCCGACACAAAAAGAAACUGCUCAGUACAAAAAACAAGGGAUAAAGAAAACUGCUGUUAUCAAGAAAAGCUCCGGAUAUUCCUGUAGAGGCUUCAUGUGGUGUUUGUGGCGUUUGGUUCUCCUGGCGCUGCUCUGUUCGGCCCUCUUGCUGGCAUACAAGUUCAUCCCGGUACUCAAAAAGACUGCAGCUGGUGGAAUGCUUCCAUCCAGUGCUGUAAAUCCAGAAAUGUUUGCUGAUCGUUUGUCUCUUCUUGAGACUCAGUUCCCUAGUCAGUGGCCUGAGUUGUGGAGGAUGAGCAAGAUCCACCUGGAGAAGCACCUCAAAACAGCCCAUCCUACAGAGCCAGUCAGUCUGAUCUUUACUGCAGGCCACAGGGCUGAGAGGACACUGCACUGCCUGGCUCAGCGGCUGGCCUCCUCCUUCUCAUCCGCCCUCAACGCCUCCGUCCUUCACAUCGAUGGAGCCAGUAAAGCCAGCCAGGACAGCGAUGAGGUGAAGCUGGACAUUGACAGCCAGUUGCGAGCAGCCUUUGAAGGAGACAAACCAGUGGCUGUCAUUCAUCGCUUCGAAGAGCUGCCUCCAAGCUCCACCCUCAUUUUUUAUCGCUACUGCGACCACGAGAGCGCUGCGUACAAGCGGGUGUUCUUGUUGUUUACUGUGCUUCUUCCUCAAGAUGAGGUCAAGCCUGACCAGAGUCUGAAGGACUUGGAGGAGAUGGUGCACGACUAUGUCAAGGAAAGGCUGGUGGACUCCAGCAACCAAGCCGGCUUCAGUGACAUGGACCUUGACAAGUACGGGGGACUGUGGAGCCGCAUCUCCCAUCUUAUCUUACCAGUGGUGUCUGAGAAGGAAGUGGAGCAGAAAGGAUGCUAAUGAAUCAAGCUAGCCGUCAAUGAGGAUGUCAGAAUACCACUCUGGACCGGUCGGACCCCCCCUCGGCACGGUACAGGAGCUAUGAACCAGAGAAGUAACAUGUAAAUAUAACACGUGUGCUGUUACAUUUCACAUAUAUACUUGAGUUUAAGUGAUUGAUCGUUGUAUUGAUCUCCUUCUGUCGAAGAUGAGGUUAUACUUAUAGGCUGCAGUCCAAUGUUGAUGAUUCUGUUUAACGGCUCUCAAGAUUCCCAGCACUGAGUUUUUACACGUGCACACAUGUACAGGCUUUUGCAUAAGGAUGUGAUAGUGGCACCAUCGUUCCACUUCCAAAGUAGCGUAUAAAAUGCAUAUUCUCAUUCAGAUUUAGCAUACUAUAUACAUUAUUUAGUUUGAUGUAUUCCCCCUGUUUUGAUUUGAAAGCACUUUGUUCAACAGCUUUUUUUACCCAUCUAAGAAGAGUUCUUGUUGAACAAUCAGCAUGAAUUACAAUGGGUCCUUCAUUGGAACUAAUGAAAAAUGUAAAAUCUUUAAUUGACAUCUUUGUUUUCGGAGGAAAUUUCUUGUUCUGUAUCUCAAAUCUCAGACAACUGAUGGCUUGCUUUAUACUUCAGUGUAAUAUCCCCAUGGAGAUGUGUGUCCCAUUGUUCAUUUAAUUCUCUUGUGUACACAAUUGGAUUUGCACUAAAAUGUUUGCUUUAUCUAUCCUUAUCAAGAGUGCUGGCUUUUAUGAAGAUAAAUAUUUUAUAUUCUUUGUUUUUUCCUGAAUGUGUAUAUUUGUGAUAUGUUUUCUCUUUCCUAGAUUGGAAUAUUUUUUGAUAAAUGUGUUGAAUAUAAAAGGCUUUGUUCUUUGCAACUGUUGAAAUGUCGACUGAAACGUACAGCUUCUCACUAAGUGAAUUGAAUUUGUUAAAAUAAAAUAUUACUAAAUAUUAGUCAACAAGUCACGAAAUGUGCCUUAAACACUCAAAUGGAGAAGAAUAGACUAUAUUUUAAACACUCGUGAAUCAUUUAAUACUGUAUCUUCACAACCUCAGAACCCAAACGAGGUUUCUUGCAGAAAGUUUGUUUCUGAUUUGUUUUUUCUUCAUUCUUCUUAUGUUGUCAUUCUGAGAUGAAUUUAGUUUUGCUCACGUGAACAUGUACAUUUUCAAUAAAGAUUAUUUUGAUAACUA